AUGUCUACAGCUUCUUUCUCUGAAGAGCAUCAGGCCGGCUUGCCCCCUGUUCCGCGCCAAACCUGUCCGGAAAUAAUUCGGGAAAUGGAGACUGCCUGCGCCGAUCACGACUUUCUGGGAUUCAAAUCAACUUUUGACGCCUGGACCACUCUCAAUCUCGACAUACGUGAGAUCGAUCCAGUGAUGAUUCAGGCAGUCAGACAGGAUCAGAGGGAUGUUGUUGUUGAGUUAUUGCAGCACGGGCUACCGGCAAGCCAGGAUUAUGCUCUUGAAGCAAUCAACCAUAAAUCAAAGGAGGUUCUCAGCAUUCUUCUUCAACAGGGGUGGGAUAUUAACCAACCCACAAGCGAAUUGAGGCCUCCCGCGCUUGGUUAUGCUGUUCAUGACGAUGAUAUGACUCUUUGGCUUCUUGAUCAUGGAGCCGACCCAAACAAGCAGUGCUCUAUUGAUCUUACACCAUUGUCCUAUGCAGUAGAACGAGCCUCGCUCCCCACCAUCAAAUUACUUCUUGACCGUGGAGGGGAUGUUAGCAAAGGGCAACUACUUCACCAUGCUGUUGAGCGUCAAUCGGAUACAGUCGAGGUGCUGGCUGUCCUGCUCGAGAGGGGUGCUCCUUUAAACUCAAAGAUGUACGAGAAUCACUAUUUCUCAUGGAGAUUAUACUACUUCAUGGGCCUGGGAACCGCUUUACACAAAGCAGCAGAAUUGGGAAAAGUGGAUGUUGUGCGCUAUUUGGUUGGCCAAGGCGCGGAUAUUCAUAUCAAAGAUGCCACAAAUCGGAGUUCGAUGGACUGGGCUGCAAUGAACAACCAUCAAGAGAUUGUGAAGCUGCUUCAAUCAAUGGAGUGA